AUGUGGGGGAGCUUGAACGUCCCUUUUGAUGACGGGUUCGAGCUCAUGUCCCAACAGCUAGGAAUUGACCCUGGGUUUGCCGGAUUUCACCAGUUUUAUCUGAGGGAGGGGAUCCCAUUCCAUGUCAUCAGUGCUGGGCUGAAGCCGGCGGAGAUUACACAUGAUGGGUCGGAGUGGAGGCCGGUUUGGAGGCAUGGGGGGAGUCAGCUGGGUCAUGAUAAGGGGUUGAGUAUGAUGGAGGCGAGGAGGGAGGUUGAGGAGGAGGUGGAGGAGGAGGAGGUGCCGUUGAUUGUGUUUAUUGGGGAUGGGGUCUCUGAUUCGCCUGCAAUGAGGGAGGCGGAUGUGUUGUUUGCGAGGAAGGGGUUGAGGUUGGAGGGGUAUUGUGUUGAGCAUGGUAUCAAGUAUUUGCCGUUUGGGAGCUUUGCUGAUAUUCAAAUGAUGCUGGAGGAGAUUCUGGAGGAGGAUGAGAGGAAGACGGGCGGCAGGGGAAGGCCGGCGAGGUUUAACCCGAGGGCGGAUAUGUGGAGGAAGGUGUCGAGUCGGAAUGCUGUGCCGCGGUAUGUCGUCAUGACACCCAUGGAGGAGAGGGUGUUUUUGUGGCCUGAGGCUUUUAGUGAGCUGGUUUGUGACGGAAAUGUUGCUGGGAAUCGGGCCGGUGUUGUUAACAAUGGGGAGCAGCAGAUGGAUGGAGCGGUUGUUCCGCCUGGGCUGGUAUGA